AUGAGGACUACGACCAGGGCGAUCAUUUAUAUACCGAGUGUGUAUGCACUGCCGGGUAACCGCCCGGGUUAUCCACGCAGUGGUGUGUACAAUGUACGAGAUUCGGCAGGUCGUCGUGAUUCGUCACGUACCCGUGACAUAAUGAUGAGUGGUCUCCUGGCCAAAAUGAAAGUUUUUCGCCCGCACGUCACUCUGGUGCAAGACGAAGCACGUCUGGCCAGUUCCAACGAUGGCACCGGCCGAAGCUGUCCCAAAGUGUGCGGCGACAUGCAAUGGCAGUGCAUCACCAAUUGCAACUGCAUACACGCGGCCCAGCGCUGUGACAAAAUUCCGCAAUGCGACGAUGGUUCGGACGAGUACGAUUGUGCGGAACCGCAGGACAUUUCCGCCAUGUCCACCAGAGAGUGUGAACAGAGCGGCCUACACAUCAUGUGUCCGAAAACGGGUCAAUGCAUUAACAAAGACUGGCUGUGUGACGGCGAUGACGACUGCGGUGACUACUCCGAUGAAACGAAAUGUGGAGAGCGAGCCGAGUGCACGGAUGAAAUGUUCCAGUGUGGCAAUGGUUUCUGUGUGAAGAAGCAGUGGGUGUGUGAUGGCGAAAAUGAUUGCCGAGACUUUACGGACGAAAUGAAUUGUAAUCGUACCAGCUGUUCCAGUGAACAUUUCACGUGCGAUAACGGAAAUUGCAUAUCAAUUGCCUUCCGUUGUGAUGGCGAACCCGACUGCCCGGACAACUCGGACGAAUUCAAAUGCCCUGCUGUAAUAAACAGCUGUCCCGAAGGUGAGUUCAAAUGUCGCGGUGGAGCUGGUGGUGCAGCCGGACCCGGUGGCCGUUGUAUUCUAACGCGGUUCGUCUGUGAUGGCGAAAACAAUUGCGGCGAUUGGAGUGAUGAAGAAAAUUGUCCCCAGAAACCCACCCAGUGUAGUUCGAGCCAAUUCAAAUGUGCCGAUGGCAACUGUAUUCCGCUAAGUUUCAAAUGCGACAAGGAUCAGGACUGUGAUGGUGGAGAAGACGAAAAUGAAUGUGGCCACAUGAACACCGAUGUUGUCUCGACAUGUUCCAGCAAUGACUUUUCAUGCAACAAUGGCCGUUGCAUUUUGCGUACCUGGUUGUGUGAUGGUUACCCGGAUUGUUCAUCCGGAGAAGAUGAAGUCAAUUGUCACUUGCAAUGUGAUGAUGGACAAUUUCUUUGCCCUGCCAAGAAGAAUAUGACCACACUGAAGAUCUGCAUUCAUCAGAAACACAUCUGUGAUGGUCACAGCGAUUGCCCGUUGGGAGAGGAUGAAAUGAACUGUCCCCACUUUAGGCCCUGUACACCAGAUUCGGAAUGUGAACAUCAUUGCAUUAUAACAGCCCAGGGACGGGACGAAUGUGCCUGCCGUCUGGGUUUCCUCAUGCAUCCCAAUAGAAAGAAUUGUAUCGACAUCGACGAGUGCAAAUACCAGUCGAAUCCGGUGUGCUCGCAGAUAUGCGAAAAUACCCAUGGUUCGUUCAAAUGUUCCUGUGAAGAAGGUUAUGCAUUGCGUCCCGAUAUGAGAACAUGCAAGGCCUUGGGCGGACCGUUGACUUUAAUUGUGGCUAAUCGUUGGGAUAUUCGUCGUGUCUCUUUGAGUCAUAACCGCUACUCGGCUGUGGUUAAGGGCCUCCACAAUGCCAUUGCUUUGGAUUACCACUACAAACGUAAUCUGCUAUUUUGGUCCGACAUCUCUACGGAUGCCAUUAAAAUGGUCUACAUGAACGGCAGUCUGAUGCGGGAUGUCAUUAAAUGGGGCUUGGAGUCCCCCGGCGGCAUUGCUGUUGACUGGGUUCAUGAUUUGCUGUUUUGGACUGACUCGGGCACCAGAAGAGUUGAAGUUUCUAAUUUCGAGGGUAACUUGCGAUCCGUGAUUGUGUCCAAUGAUGUGGACAAGCCUCGCGCCAUUGUGGUGCAUCCUGGAGAGGCCACUGUCUUUUGGACGGAUUGGGGUCCAAAUCCCAAAAUAGAGCGAGCUUUUAUGGAUGGUUCGGAGAGACAAACGAUUGUUGCGCAAGGCGUUAUAUGGCCCAAUGGCUUGACCAUAGACUAUCCCAGCCGCAAAUUGUAUUGGGCCGAUGCCCGACAACAUGCCAUUGAGUGCGCCAAUUUCGACGGAACCGCGCGUACAAAGAUUCUCAGCACUCAUCUACCUCACCCGUUUGCCAUGACUAUUUUCGAGGACACCAUGUUUUGGACGGACUGGAAUACAAAGACCGUCUCAUCGGCGAAUAAACUCACCGGUAAAGGAUUUGGAGCGGUUCAUGAAAAUUUCCACUUCCCUAUGGACAUUCAUGCCUAUCACCCCGUACGACAACCCGACUACAAGGAUCGUUGUCCAAGAGAUAGUGAGGGUCGUCGAGGAGGAUGUUCCCAUCUGUGUCUGCCCAACCGCGAAUCGAGACGUUGUGGAUGUCCCAUUGGCCUGACGUUGAAGGAAGAUGGUCGCACUUGCAAGAGCGCUCCAGAUGAAUUAAUAUUGGUGGCUCGUCGAAAGGACAUACGCCUAAGGCAGUUGAAUAGCGAGAAGUCGUCGUCAUUUGGUGAUGUAGACAUGAUCAUUCCAUUGGAUAAUUUAAAGCAUGCGGUGGCCUUGGACUGGUCCAGUGAGACAGAUACAAUUUACUGGACGGACGUUGAGAGGAGUACCAUCAACAAAGCCCACCUAAACGGCAGCUAUCAACAGAAGAUAAUACGAUCCAAUCUUGUGGGUCCCGCAGGUUUGGCCCUGGAUUGGCAAACUCACAAACUGUACUGGACCGACCAAAUAACAUAUCGCAUCGAAGUGGCCACCACCAAUGGCAAAAUGCGUACGCUGCUGAUCUGGGAAAAUCUGGAAAAACCUCGCGACAUUGUUGUGAAUCCGGUGGACGGAUUGAUGUUUUGGACCGAUUGGGGCAAACAACCCAUGAUCGAAAGUGCCCAUAUGGAUGGCAAAAAUCGCAAGGUAUUGGUUUCCAGCAACAUUAAGUGGCCCAAUGGUCUGGCCAUUGACUACGAACAUCAGAAAUUGUAUUUUGUGGAUGGUGGUACCAAGGUCCUUGAGAACAUUAACUUUGAUGGUUCCGGUCGAAAGGUGAUAAAAGAGGGCUUGAGUCAUCCCUUUGGUCUGGAUGUCAGCGGUUCACGUGUGUACUGGACGGAUUGGGACACGAAGUCGGUAUCCAGUGCGGAUAAAUUAACUGGAGGCGAUGUUACCACCAUUAUAGCCAACACCAGUGAUCUCAUGGACAUCAAGGUGUUCCAUCGUUCACGCAGAAGGGUACGAAAUGCCUGUGAUUCCGGAAAUGGUGGCUGUUCGCAUCUGUGUCUCUUGAAUCCAACGUCCUAUACAUGCGCCUGUCCCGUGGGCAUUACGAUACAGGCAGAUGGACAUACCUGCUCGUCGGGUCCCAGUUCGUAUAUUAUAUUCGCCCAUCGCAUUGACAUUCGUCAGAUAUCACUGGAUUUUGACCAUUUGGUUGAUGUGGUGCUGCCAUUGCCGCCCAUUUCAAAUGCUGUUGCUUUGGACGUGGAUCUGAAAACUGGUGAAGUUUAUUGGGCCGAUUCCAAAGAGCCGAUUAUAAUGAGUUCAACGCCGGACGGUGUUAAUGUGAGAAGGAUCGUUUACGACAGCAUUGAUAAUCCGGAUGGUUUGGUUGUGGAUUCUGCAGGAAGGAUGAUUUAUUGGGCUGACGCUGGUCGUCACACCAUAGAAGUGGCCACACUGGAUGGCAAACACCGCCAUUUAAUUGCAUGGAAAGAUCUGGAAUCACCACGCGGUUUGGCAUUGGAUUAUGAGGCGGGAUUCCUGUUUUGGACUGAUUGGGGUCAUUAUCGCAAAAUUGAGCGUGCCGACAUGGAUGGCGAAAACCGUCAACGCAUUGUCACCUCCAAUUUGGGAUGGCCCAAUGGCCUGUCAUUGGAUUUGAAGGCCAAGCGUAUUUACUGGGUGGAUGCCCAGCUAAAGACCAUCGAUUCGUGCGAUUAUACCGGCAACCAUCGCAAACGCAUAAUGGCCUCGCUGCUGCAUCCGUAUGCAUUGGCCUUGACGGAGAACUCUAUUUACUGGACCGAUUGGAAAUCGAAAGCUCUGCAUAUGGCCGAUCGCAGCAAUGUGACAAAUAGGAGCGAUGUCAUGACCAACAUUGACGGCCUCAUGGAUAUCAAGGUCAUAUCGACGAAUAAAACCUUGCCGGAAAAUGUGUGUGGCAGGAACAACGGAGGCUGUUCGCAUUUGUGUUUGCGCAACCCCUCCGGCUAUUCGUGUAAAUGCUCGAUUGGUCUGCGUCUCCGGAACGGUAGCACCACCGAGUGUGAAUAUAUGCCCGAAGACUAUUUGCUAAUUGCCCUGCGUUCUGGCAUCGGUAUGAUUUCCCUCAAUACGCCCGAUCUGAUGGAUGUGGUGCUGCCCAUACAUGGCGUUCACGGAGCUGUGGUAUUGGAUUAUCACUACACAAGGAAUUGGAUGUUUGUGGCCGAUGUAAAUCUGGAUGUUAUACGGCGGAUUAAUUUACGCGAUUUGAGUGAAAGCAAAGUGGUGGUCAAUGAGCUAAUGACACCCAAUGGCCUGGCGGUGGACUGGAUAGCCGAUAAUUUGUAUUGGUCUGAUUCGGAUUAUAAGUUUAUUGAAGUGUCACGCUUGGAUGGUUCGUGUCGCAAACGUUUGAUAAGUGACAAUAUGGGUGAUCCUAGAUCACUGAUUGUACAUCCAAAGAAGGGAUAUUUAUUCUGGGCCGAUUGGGACUCUCCAUCUCGCAUUGAACGCAGUCUGUUGGAUGGGUCAAAUCGCACUGUUAUCCUAACCGAUAAUUUGGGUUUUCCCACAGGAUUAACAAUUGAUUUUGAGAACCGACGUUUGUUGUGGGCCGAUGCUUUAGAGGACAAUAUUGGACAAUCGGAUUUCAAUGGCAAACGAAGGACAGUUAUUGUUCAGUACGCUCCACAUCCAUUUGGUUUGACAAUGUUCAAGAACAAUAUUUACUGGACCGAUUGGUAUAAUAAAUCUGUAUUUAGAUCGCAUUUGAAAGACCACAUGAUUUAUUCCCAACCUGUGGAAAUACGCAAUUCCUUGAGCGGUGCUUUGGAUAUACGUGCCGUAUCACGUAGACGUCAGCCUGAGGAGUGGAAUCAAUGUUCCCAAGAUAAUGGCGGCUGUACACAUUUGUGUCUGUUCCGUGGUUCCAAUUACACCUGCGCCUGUCCAGACCGUCCUGAUGGCCGUGAAUGUUUAACGGUGCCGAAAUUCUUUGUACCACGACGAUCCGACGAAGCAAUGCCCGAUUACACAGACGAAGUCACUGAAGCCGACCUCAGUCCAAUUAAUGAUGAUUUCGAUGAUGACGAUUUCCAGGCACCAGAACAAAUGAUUGAUCUCAAAGUGGUUAUUGUCAUUGCCACCAUAGUGGCAUUGAUAUUCCUAUUUAUAAUGAUAGCAGUGGUUAUAUACAUGAUAACUCCCGCCAAACAUCCACAACCUAAACGACAUUCACGUGGAUCCAGCCGCUCUGUACUGACCUUCUCCAAUCCCAAUUAUAAUGUUGAUGGUACACCCAUGGAACCGAAGACGACCAUUUGGAAACGUUUCAAAAACGAUCGUGCACAUGAGCGGGUCUAUGAGGAGCGCAGUUUAACAACGGAAACGGGUUCGUCGUCAAUGUUUGUACCGACGCCCUCGCCAACAGCCUCGCCCUGUGCCAACAAACUACAGCUGUCCACUUUAUCGACGAUAGCGUAA